AUGCUGUCCCUGCUGCGGCGCGAACCCAGUGAACCCAGUGAACCCAGUGGCUUAGUAGAGGACAUGGAGGAUCCACAGGAGGUUGAGAUGGAAGCAGAAGCAGAGGAGGCUGCCUCCAGCCUCUCAUCUGGGCUUCGGAAUGCCUCCGCCAAGGUCUUUGCAGAUGAACAUGGUGAAGGCACUGAGAUGAUCCAUGAAGAUCCCCCCCUGGAAGAUCCUCAGAACGCCCAGAACGCCACCCUAUUGGAGGGUGCCGCAGGUCGCCCUGCGCUGAUCGUCAGUGGCAUGUAUGGUCCAGCAGGUGAUAUGGGGGAACGUGGACCCGCAGGGCCUCAGGGGCUGCAGGGCCCCAUGGGCCCUGCCGGCGCCUCGGUGAUAGGUCCCACGGGCAGUCAGGGCAGGCCAGGGCAGCAGGGGAAGAUGGGCAAGACGGGCAAGGUGGGCCUCAAGGGCCAUGCCGGCAGCCAGGGCGAGCCAGGAAAAGCCUGUGAAGACUUCUACAAAUGGUCACAGCUUCUGGACUACUACAGCCAGGUGGUCUCAAAAAUGGAGGCGCAAGCCAGCACACACGUCCGAGGCAUCAAUCGCGAAGUCUCGAUGCUACAGCAGCAGAGUGCCAUCUACACGGCGCGCAGCUUCGCCCUGAGCAACGGAUCGGUGGAUUUGCACAACUACAUGGUGGCGAACUACAAGCGGAUGGUGAAGUCAGCGAGUUCUGCCAAGGAGGUCGAUGAGUACUUGGCCAGGAUGUCGAUGGUUACUCCCAUGGAUGCAUUGCAUGAGGCCCAGCGACUGUAUCCAGCCUUCAUCGGCACACAGAGGGUGGCCUCUGUUAUGCAAGCGCAGAGUCAGCACCAAGGGCGGUUCGCUGCACGAAGCCAUUUCGCUGCACCCGGAGAGUCUGGCAAGGAUAAAAAUGAGAAGAGCAAUACUUUGAGGUCGAGCCUUUCUGUCAGCUUGCUGGCUGUGGCAGGUGAGGAGAUGUCACUGCCAGCGCUGGUGGACAGGCCAUCCAUGGAUCACUGGGAGCUGCAAAGACGUGCUGUGAAGUGUUUGGAAUGCCCAGCUUUGGAGCCGGUGCAGAAAUGCAUCAAAGAAAAAGGUGAAAUUUCACCCAAGGAGCUCCUUCGAAUCCUGGGAAUUCCCAAGCACAGCUUCAAGGUGCUGAAGGAGGUCAGGGACGUCAGGGACGCCGUACUCACCUUCGACAGGUCGGUUGUGGGCGAUGGCCUGGCUGAUGAGAUCACUGCGCAAGCAGUGCGGUGUGGAGACAGCGGUAAAUCAACUGCAGAGACUUCUCCCGAAGAUGGCAACUUGGAGGAAGAUACUCCGGUCCCUGUGGCUGCCGGAGUUAGUGAGCACCCUCGUCAGGAAAAGGCCACGCAGCCUGUUGGCCAUGUUCGGUUUAUGACUGCAGGUGGAAAGGCAGUUGCAGCAGAUGAGGGAAGGCGAGAGCGGGCUCAAGCCCUUUUCGCAAGUCUCAACGAUGCCAUGCAUGAGCAAGCCCUGUUUCCCAAUGCAACGUCUUCUCUCCCAGUUGGUGAGCAACCUCGUGAAGAAGAGGCCACACAGCCUGUUGGCCAUGUUGGGUUUAUGACUGCAGGUGGAAAGGCAGUUGCAGCAGAUGAGGGGAGGCGAGAGCGGGCUCAAGCCCUUUUUGCAAGUCUCAACGAGACCAUCGAUGAGCAAGGCCUGUCUCCCAAUGCAACUUCUUCUCUCCCAGUUGGUGAGCAGCCGCGUCAAGAAGAGGCCACACAGCCUGUUGGCCAUGUUGGGUUUAGGACUGCAGAUGGAAAGGCAGUUGCAGCAGAUGAGGAGAGGCGAGAGCGGGCUCAAGCCCUUUUCGCAAGUCUCAACGAUACCAUGGAUGAGCAAGGCCUGUUUCCAAAACCAGCUCAGGAUGCUGCAUCUUCUUCCCCCAAGAUAGGUCACUCACCGCAACAUGCUGAUGUGAUGGCAGGAUUUGUUGGCUGGGAAGGAGAUCAACUGGCUGGCGCAAUGCUUCCAGUGGUUCCUGCUCGGAUGAUAUCUGUGGCGACACCACAGAAAUCCAGCGGCCAGUUCUGCGCAGCGGAGUCUCAGAGAUCGUUGAAACGAACGAAACGAACGAAGCCGUUUCGUCUGGAACUACCAGAGGGCAUGACUUCCAAUAGCAUUCUUCCUGAUUGGAUCUCGCAGUCGGAGGAAAGCAAGAUUAAGAGUGACUUUAAGGAAGCAAUGAUUUCCAUCAUGGGCAUUGACCAUGCGGCGCCCUCCGAUCGCUUUUGCUCCGGGCGCUGGGUUGCAAUUCAGCAAGCGCAGAUGGCAUUGCUGGCUGCGCAAAGCCCAGGUCGACCUUGUAACACUAGCGUCCCUUGUCGCUUGCUGAAGCGCGCACAAGCAGAACUUUCAGGUCGGAAGUCAGCGUUUUAUCAACUUUGCUCUGGGACCGUGUCACCCACUGAGCACAUGCUCUUGAUAUGCUCUGCGUCGCGGCAGCAUGAGCCCGGCGUGAG